GCCAAAAAAAUGAGAAGGGUUGUUCUGAAAGAGGCCGCCAAAAGGUUCCCCUGGUUGGCCAAUGUCACGUUGUACGGCUGCUUAUUCGCCGGCGGCGACCUUGUCCAUCAACUCCUUGCGCAGAGAGAGCGCAUGGACUGGAAACACACGCGCAACGUGGCCGUAGUGGCCAUCAGUUUCCAUGGCAACUUUAACUACUUCUGGCUGCGGGCUCUGGAGCGGCGUUUCCCGGGAAAAUCGGCCGGCAUGGUUUUCCGAAAACUCUUGUUGGACCAAAGUUUUGCCUCGCCCUUGGGAACUAGUGUCUUCUACACUGGGGUGAGCUACCUGGAGGGUAAAGACGAUAUCUUUGAAGACUGGAGGGAGAAGUUCUUCAACACAUGGAAGACUGGACUCAUGUAUUGGCCUUUCAUGCAGUUCUUGAACUUUGUUCUGAUGCCGCUAUACCUGCGCACGGCCUUCAUGGGCUGCUGCGCCUUCCUCUGGGCCACCUUCCUGUGCUUCUCACGGCAGAACGGUGACGGCACUGCAGCGGUGGCCCUGGCCUUUGUCAUGGACCCUCGCAAGACCCUAGAAGCCAUGCGCGAGGCCCGGCUGGCCCGCAAGAAGCAAAAGGCCCAGAGGGAGAACUAA